GUUGCUCUUUUAUAAUAUACAUCUUUAACACUUUAUCUUCUUUAUCUGUGGAUAUUCAAUUACCUUUAGGAUUGGCAUUGGUGAAAGAAGGGAUAACAAUGUCAUAGAUCCAAGAUCUAUCACCCAACUCUCAUGGCAACCAAGGAUUUUUCUCUAUGAGGGCUUUCUCUCCGACGAGGAAUGCGAUCACCUCAUCUCCCUGUCGAAGGGUAAGCUUAAAAAAUCUACAGUCAUAGAGGGCUACGGUGGUGAGAGCAAGCUUAGCACCGCGCGAACUAGUUGGGACAUGUUCCUAAAGCCAGGUCAGGUAAAUUACUAGCUCAAUUUCUCCGAUGUCAUUAUGAUCCAUUGUUUACAUCAUUUUGGUUGUUUUUUCCUUUGCUGUAAGCAAAUAGUGUUUUCAUUGGUCGCCAAAGAUACACUUAGAUGGCGCUCGUGCUAUUUCUCAUCGCGAACAUGGUUGUUAUCGGCUAACCAAAUGCCGGUAUAUCAUUCAUGUUCUGCGCCCUUUAGAAUGCCUAAUGCACUGAUCUCGUAACCAAAACAUCGAUUUCGUCAGCUGGAUAUAUAAAGCAUCUGCUAGUGAAUCCAUAAUCUCUCAUCAUUCAAUCCUGUAUUUCGUGUUCUUCGCCACGUCGAUGAGCCAUUUUAUAAUGUGAUUAUCAAGAGCAGCAAGUAGCUUGCGAAUUUACCAUGUCUAAGGUGUAGACUAUCAUCAUUUUCCUCUGCAUUUCCAAGGAUGAAAUUGUUCGUCGAGUUGAGAGCAGAGUCGCUGCUUGGACCUUCCUCCCAGUAGAGAACGGCGAGGCCAUACAAAUACUCCGUUACGAGAAGGGCCAACUGUUUGUGCCGCACGUCGAUUACUUUAAAGAUGUAAAAGGGAACAAAAAGGGAAAUCGAGUCGCGACAGUACUCAUGUACCUAGCUAAUGUUGCACAAGGCGGGGAGACAGUCUUCACGAAAGCAGCGGCGAAUCGACAAAGGAAAGGUGAUUCUCUCGCUUUCUGUGCUUCAACAGGUUUUUCAGUGAAACCGAAGAAAGGCGAUGCCGUGUUGUUCUUCAGCCUGCAUCCGAACGGCACUUUGGAUGGAUCAAGUAUGCAUGGGAGCUGCCCAGUAAUAGCAGGGGAGAAGUGGACUGCGACGAAAUGGAUCCAUUUGACACCCUUCAGUUUUCUCUCGUCGAGUAGACGGAGCAAGGAAUGCGAAGAUGAGAACGAGUCCUGCGCGCGAUGGGCCGCGAAAGGCGAGUGUGAGAAGAAUCCUGAGUACAUGGUAGGCACUGAGGAGUCUCAGGGUUACUGCAGGAAGAGUUGCAAGGUGUGUUCUUGAGUAGAUCAAAGAAGUUUGGCUUGGUGUGAUGGUUUUUAUUGAAUUCCAAAGACAUUUAAGAGAAAGAUUAGUUAUCAUCUAAUCUCACUAGUUUCGCUAAAAGAUAAUUCCAAAUUAAUCUGAUAGAAAAUUG